UAAUAAUACAAAAGGAGAAGGAAGAAAGAAAGAAAGAGAGGGGAAAAGGGGACACAACGACGGUGUGUUAGCUGUUGGAUUGGAUUCCGCGUCUGAAACUUCAACGCGGAAUUCCAAUUCUUCCGAUUCCAUAUAGUCGACGCCAUCCAAUCCCAAUUCCUGCUCUCAAAUCGUUUGACCGAUAUCUUUUUUGUAGAAUUCCCAGAUCGGAGAUUGUUCGGAGCGAAUCGGAUUCCGAUGGGAACGCCGGCUUUCCCAAAUCUGGGGAAGCACUGCACCGUCGAAGACUGCAAGCAGAUUGAUUUCUUGCCCUUCACCUGCGAUGCCUGCCAUAAGGUGUUCUGUUUAGAGCAUAGAAGCUACAAUAAACACCAAUGUCCAAACGGCAACAAACAUGAUGUAACUGUUGUUAUUUGUCCACUCUGUGCAAAAGGAGUUCGCCUGAUUCCUGAUCAAGACCCAAACAUUACUUGGGAGUCUCAUGUCAAUACUGAUUGUGACCCAUCAAAUUAUGAAAAAGCUACCAAGAAGCAAAAAUGCCCCGUCCGUGGAUGCAGAGAGGUCCUAACAUUCUCAAACACAGUCAAGUGCCGGGAUUGCACUGUAGAUCAUUGCCUGAAGCAUCGGUUAGGCCCUGACCAUAAUUGUCCUGGACCCAAGAAACCAGAGUCAGGUUUCCAGUUUAUGAGUUAUUUAAACAGGAGUAGAAAAGAAGAGCCAAAAUCCAGCAGGAUUGCAGCCACAUCUUCAUCCAAGUGGUCUACAAGCCUCCUAAAUGCGGCCUCAAGCUUCCGAGCCACAGCCGAAGCUGGAAUAGCAAAAUUGAGUAAUGAAUUCAACCAAAAGUUGCAGACGGGGAAGGAUGGAGCGGCGCGGAGCAGCAGCAGUAGCUGGAACACUCCAGGUCAGGUAGAGCAGUGUCCACAGUGCAAGGCAACAUUUUCUUCUGUCAUAACCCUGGUGGAACACGUGGAGAAAGUUCAUGAAAGGAGUGGCAGUCGAACUGGUUUUGAGAAGGCAACGAUCGAUGCAUGUCCCAAGUGUAGCAGAGGUUUUGUUGACCCUGUGUCACUUGUCGAGCAUAUUGAGAGGGAACAUGGGGGCACUUCGAAAGCUUAGAAGCAGCACAGCCAGUAAAAGAAAAGACUUUGAACUGCACAUUUUCCCUAAGGACGGUUACAGUUCCGGAAAAGAUCAAUUUAUAAUUUUGGUUCUGUUGUGGCUUCCAUUGCUUCAAAGCUUACUCAAACGGUAAAUGUCUUGCCAAAAUUGUUGAUUUUCAGUAUUGCUUUGAUUGUAGUGAACAUCCGAGGGAUCAUGGCACAUGAUUUUGUGUUAAGAGUGGAAUAGUGAUGUUUAAAUGGGUUGGUCCACCAUGAAAUAUCCCAUCCUGGCCAAAUAUGAAAUAUCCACACUGUGGGAUGAUCCUGAUCCUCACCCUGGUCCUGCUACGUUACCAAAUUGUAUUUCUAAACAUAUUCCAUUGUAAACUAUAUUUAGUUGGCACUAGAAAACACAUUCCAUCGCCAUGACUCGAUUAUUGUGUUCUCAUUUUGUGAAAUUUUUAAAGGUGUAUUCUAUUCUUUUC